CAUUGGCAAAGUCCGAGACGACGAUGAGCGACGUGAGCAACAGCGUGUGCGCAAGCCCUGGCUGCGGCAAGCCGGCCAAGAUGGCCUGCCCGACGUGCAAGAAGCUGGGCGUCCCGGCCAACAUCUCGAGCUUCUGCUCGCAGGAGUGCUUCAAGAGCUACUGGCCGCAGCACAAGGGCUUCCACAAGAUCUUUACGCAGUCGCAGACCACCGACAAGUUCUUUGGCUACCAGUUCACGGGCGACAUCCGCCCGGGCACCGUCACGCCCAUGAAGACCGUGCCGGACCACAUCCAAAAGCCCGACUACGCCGUCAGCGGAAUCCCGGUCUCGGAGCAGGCGGCUGACCGCAGCAACAAGAUUCCCGUCUACUCGGCCGACGAGAUUGCGGGCAUCCGCGAAGCCUGCCGCAUUGGCCGCGAGGUGCUCGACAUUGCGGGUCGCUCGAUUCGCAUUGGCAUGACGACCAACGAGAUCGAUGAGAUCGUCCACGCCGCCUGUAUGGAGCGCGAGGUGUACCCGUCGCCGCUCAACUAUUACCAUUUCCCCAAGUCGGUCUGCACGUCGGUCAACGAAGUCAUUUGCCACGGAAUCCCCGACAGCCGCCCGCUCCAGGAUGGUGACAUUCUCAACAUUGACGUGACAGUCUACAAGAACGGCUACCACGGUGAUCUCAACGACACGUUCUUGGUCGGCAACGUCGACGAAGAGGGCGUCCGCCUCGUCAAGAACUCGUUCGACUGCCUCGCCGCCGCCGUGGCAAUGGUCAAGCCCGGCACCAUGUACCGCGACCUCGGCAAGGCAAUUGCGCUCGUCGCGGAAGCCGAGGGCUUCUCGGUCGUCAAGACGUACUGCGGCCACGGCAUCGGGUCGCUCUUCCACACGGCGCCCAACGUGCCGCAUUACGCCAAGAACAAGGCGGUGGGCAUCAUGCGCCCAGGCCACAUCUUUACGAUCGAGCCGAUGAUCAACGUCGGGUCGUGGCGCGACGGCCGGUGGCCGGAUGACUGGACGGCCGUCACGACCGACGGCAAGCGCUCGGCGCAGUUUGAGCACACGAUCCUCGUGACCGAAACGGGCUACGAGCUCCUCACGGCCCGCCAGGACGAGCCCGUCAUGACGUGGGACCUCGCCAAGGUCCAGCGCGGCUUGUAAACACUGCGGAAUAAACACAGUGUUUGUUUUGCAUGGA